AUGGACGGGAGGAUUGAGCAACGACUUCGACAGGAAGACUUGGAAACCAUGGCCUCACAACAAGCAGAGACGAAAAAUAAAGCUACAAUUCCUCUGUCAUCAUUUUAUGUUCUGAAGGAGUAUGAGAGCAAAAUGAAGCAAAUCGGUCGAGGAAGGAGGGAUGGUAGGGAUACUGGUAGCAAGUUGCUGCUUACGUAUACAGAGGCUUUUCACAAGGGGGAGGAUGGGUGUUAUAAGGGAGUGGGAGAGGAUACUGGGGAAGAGGCUGGGGGCAGACGGGAGGAGGAGAGAGCUAUAGGAAUAGGGGAGCAGGUAGGGAGUGUGUGGGAGCAGGGAGAUGAGGGUGUGGGGAAGAAAGGAUGGGGGGACAAAACUGUCCAGGGAAAUGCUUGGGGGAAUGGAGGGCAAAAGGAGCUGAUGGAGGGCAGGUCAGGGAAGGAUUCAGUAGAUGAGGUGGUGAAUUUUAUGUGGAUUGAUGGUGAGAAAAGUGGAAGUAAGGUAAGGGGGGAGGGUAUGGGGGCUCAUGGGGUGAUGGAAGAUAACAAGAAAGUGGAGACAAAGGGGGGGAGGGGAAAAGGGAAUCACAAGGUCAAUAAGAGUUGGAAGAGGGAGCCCCUUGACAGUUCCCCAACUAAAGGAGUCUAUGAAGCUCCAUUCUCUAUCAUUGAAUUGUUAAUAGAGGAUAGGGAAGUAGGUGGUGAAUGGUGGUGUGUCUGUGUGUAUGCUAGUGCUGAUGUUAGGAUUAGGAAGGAACAGUGGAAGGUCAUAGCUAGGAGGAGUUGUCUGUGGGGAGAAGCAUGGGCUAUUAUGGGAGACUUGAAUGAUAUUACAUCAAAUAAUGAAAAGUGGGGAGGGAGGCACAGGGCUGAGGUUUGGAAGGAGUUCCCUGGACUUGGUGUAAUAACUGGGGUAGUGAGGGAGAGGUAUAAAGAAAGGAUUGAUAGAGUUUUGGGUAGUCAAGGCUGGAUAAAGAGGUUUGAGAAGGCAAAAUGUACUCAUGUUGAAACUGAGGCUUCUGAUCAUUGUUUAUUGGUACUGGAUACAAAACCAGUAGAGAGGAGGUUCAUGUUUGACAGGAGAUGGUUGGGACAUAGGGAUAUAGGGGAGGUUAUUGAUAAGCUGAUAGAGCAAGUGAAGAAGGAGAUAAAGGAAGCUAAGGAACUGAAAAGUGAUGGUUAUAGGGUCAAGGUAGCUUGCCUGAAAAGGAAGUUGGUUGAGGCUUAUAAAAAAGAGGAGAUAUAUUGGAGUCAGAAGGCUAGAGUGGACUGGUUGAAAGAGGGGGAUAGAAAUACCAAGUUUUUCCAUGCGAAGGUGUUAGGUGUUCCACAGACCAUCACUGAGGAGAUGAAUAGGGAGCUCACCAGGAAUGUAUCAGAGCAAGAGAUCAGCAAAGCAAUCUUCUCGAUGCACCCACACAAGUCCCCAGGACCAGAUGGUCAUUUGCUCAAAUCUGUUAAUGAAACUUUAAUCAGUUUGAUUCCCAAAACUAACACUGCUAGUUCCAUUUCAGAUUUCAGACCUAUAAGCUUGUGUAAUGUCCUUUACAAAAUCAUUUCAAAAGUGCUCACCAAUAGGUUCAAACUAGUUCUGAGUGCUUGUAUUAGUCAUUCCCAGUCUGCGUUUGUCCCUGAAAGGGAUGGUUUCAUGGCUAUUAAAUUGGAUAUGUCAAAGGCUUAUGAUAGAGUAGAAUGGAAAUUCCUGGCUAAAAUGAUGAUGAAGAUGGGAUUCUGUCCAAAAUGGAUUCAGUGGGUGCUGGAGUGUGUAUCUAGUGUUACCUACUCUAUUAAUUUUAAUGGGGAGAAAAGAGGGUACAUUAAGCCAACAAGAGGGUUGAGACAGGGAAAUCCUCUAUCUCCCUAUUUGCUUUUGAUCUGUGCUGAGGGGUUUUCCUCUUUGCUGAACCAAGCAAAGGUGCAUGGAAGGUUGACUGGCUUGAAGAUUGCUCAGGGGGCUCCUAGUCUAUCUCAUUUGUUUUUUGUAGAUGAUUCCCUGAUCUUCUGUAAAGCAAAUGUUGAUGAAGCUAGUCAGAUAAUGAGGAUUCUAGAAGUGUAUAAACAAGCUUCUGGUCAGUUAGUAAAUGUAGAGAAAUCCUCUCUGUUCUUUAGCAGGAAUGUAGGCAGUAGAAUGAAGGAGGGGGUUAUGAGGAAGUUGCAGGGAAUGAGACUUGCUCAGCACAGCAAAUAUUUGGGGUUACCUCUACCCAUUGGACGAUCCAAAAGGCAGGCAUUUGAGUUCAUCAGGAAUAAAGCUAUGGAGAGGCUGCAUGGAUGGAAAGAGCAGUUAUUGAGUCAGGCAGGGAAGGAGGUUCUGCUUAAAUCUGUUAUACUGGCCCUGCCCACCUGGCGAAAAUUGUCUGAAGUGAAAGCUGAAGGAGACCUUGGUUUCAGGGAUCUUCAUGAGUAUAAUCUGGCCUUGUUGGCAAAGCAGCUAUGGAGGAUUUUAACCAGGCCAAAUCUGUUAAUGAGUAAGGUUAUCAAAGCUAGGUACUUCAAGGGGGUCUCUCUAUGGAAGAUGGAAAGCAAUGGUACUGACUCUUGGUGUUGGAAAAGCCUACUGAGGGCAAGGGGGAUUUUAGAAGCAGGGCUAAGGAAGAGGGUGGGUGAUGGACAAUCUAUCAGCAUAUGGGAUGAUAGGUGGCUUCCUGAUUCAGAAGAUGGGAGAGUUAAAACUCAAAGAAGGGAGGAAGUGGGUGUUUUCAGAGUUAGUGAUCUCAUACAAGAAGAUAAGUGGAACAAGGAGUUGAUUGUUCAGGUGUUUGAGGACCAAGAAGGAAAGGAAAUUCUGAGAAUUCCUCUGAGUGUAUUUGAGAGGAAGGACACUGUAUACUGGAUUAAGUCUAGCACUGGGGAGUUUACAGGUGUGUUGCCUGUAAACGUUGCUAUCAAAGAAAGAUGCUCAACAGGGGAUCCUGUUUGCAAAUGCUGUGGGGAGUACCCGGAAACUAUUGAACAUCUGCUCUUUUUCUAUGAUAAUGCUAAGGCUGUCUGGAAGACAGCACCUAUAAGCUGGGAAGGGUUAGAGUGUUUCAGGAACAGUUUUGGCCACUGGUGGGAGGAGCUGAGGGAUGUCAGGGCAUUGGAAAGUGGUCAGGAGAGAAUUGAGUUGACCGUUCUAUGGCAGAUAUGGAAAUCAAGGAAUAGGAAGCAGUUUGAGGAUAAAAGGAUGGACCCAAUGGCAGUAGUGCAGAAGGAAACUAGGGAGUGGAGAGAGUUCCAGGAGGUUCAGGAUUUGGAAGGGGGGAUGGGUAGCUUUAGGACUAAAGGAAAGGAGGGAUUGGGGGGUUGGAAGGCACCAAAGGGAGGUUGGGUUAAGAUAAACUCUGAUGCAGCAAUGCAAUAG